AUGUUUUUGGUGUUGGCCUUGAUGCCACGCAUCUCGCAAGCUCUGGCCGUCAAUCAACUCGGACAAUUGGCCGCUGAACACAGUAUAACUUGUAUGUUAGUUUUUGGUGAUUACAGUGUUGACCCUGGAAACAACAACCGCCUUUCAACAGACAUGAAAAGUAAUUUUCUUCCUUAUGGAAUGGAUUUCUUCAAUGGUCGCCCUACUGGGAGGUUCACCGAUGGAAGACUUGCCACGGACUUUAUUGUUAAUUCAUUUGGGUUUACAAGGGCAAUUCCCGCCUUUCCUGAUCCAAAUAUCGGUAAGGUAGAUAUACUACAUGGAGAUAGUUUUGCUUCUGCUGGCUCAGGAUAUGAUGAACUUACUGCUAAUCUUUCUAGUGUGUUAUCUGUACCCAAACAGUUGGAGUAUUUUAAGCACUACAAAAUCCACCUGAGACAAUUGGUGGGCGAGAAAAAGACAGAAGAAAUUAGAAGGAAUGCUAUAUUUGUAUUGAGUAUGGGCACAAAUGACUUCCUCCAAAACUACUAUUUGGAACCCAUUCGGUCCAAGCAAUACACUUUGGAAGAGUACCAGAAUUUCCUGGUUUCUCUCAUAGUUGAAAACAUUAAGAAAAUGAAGAGGCUGGGAGCAACAAGAUUGGUUGUUGUCGGGAUCCCUCCCUUGGGAUGCAUGCCACUUGUGAAGACAUUAAUGGACCAGAGUACUUGUGUAGAAAGCUACAACAAAGCGGCUUCCUCUUUCAACACCAAGAUUCAAGAGAAAUUAGCCGCCAUUAGAGCAACUUUACAGGUCAAAUCUGCAUAUUUAGACUGUUUUAAUAUCAUACAAUAUGCAGUAAACCACCCCAAAAAAUAUGGUUUUGUUGAAACUGCAAAGGGAUGCUGCGGGACAGGAGCAAUAGAAUAUGGCAAUACAUGUCAAGGUUUAACUGUUUGUGAAGAUCCAUCAAAAUAUGUAUUCUGGGAUGCUGUCCACCCAACCUAA